AUGAGCUACCUUCCACCCGUCGACCGGCUUCGCCUCCACGCCUCACACCCUUCGACCCGACUACGCACCGACCCAUCAUCGUCGUAUCCCUCCUCGCACCCCUCCGCCUCGUCCUCGUCCGCAUCAAGCAGCGCGCACACCGCACAAAAGCAAGCGCGGCUCCACCUCCUCUCGACACGGCGCUCGCACCUCGCACCGUUACCGCCCUCGGCAUCCCGGGCGGCGCUGACACGGUCGCUGCACGGCUACCCCCCGCUCUACUCGACCGCAGAGGCGGACCAGCUCUCGGACCUCGAAGAGUCCCUAGACGUCCUCAAGGAUACCCUGGUGCGCUUCGGUGAUCGACAUAUCGUCCAGAUCGGAAGGAGGAGGACGCUGCACGAGGAGGAAAUGAGCGACGACGAAGACGCACGUCGCCCCUCGGCCUCGUUCCACCACGGGGCGGCGGACGAUGUCGAGUCCGAUAGUCCGCACCUCCUCGUCGGUGGCGCCGGUCGAGGAGCGAUACCAAACGGCCGCAUCCAUGGCCACGCCGACGACGACGAUCACGAAGGCGGAGGUGGAGAUGUCGAAUACGGCGACCCCCGCGCCCUCGCCAUCGACCCGGAAGGCGCGCCGGCAACCGUCACCACCCGGCACACGGGCCACGCAGCCGCCGAGGCGGCAAGACGGCAGAUGGAGGCCGCAGAGCGCAGAAUCAGAGAGGCCGAGGCCGAAGCCACUCGCGCCGCCGCCGUCGCCAACGCCGCCAGGUCCACCGCACAGAGGCAGGCCGCCUUCCAGCUCGAGCAGGACGCCGUCGACCUCGACGCAGACGUAGAGGACCUCGACGACGACGGCGACGACGUCGACUACGACUGA